CACUCACUCGCACACUCACACUCACUCGCACACGCACGCACACACACACUCACUCGCACACGCAACACACACUCACUCGCACACACACUCACUCAUUCCUUUCUCACAAUCGAACACACGCCCACGCCUGUACACACUCUUACCACCACCACCACCACUACCACCACCACCACCACCACCAACACAACCACCACCACCACCAACAACACCACCACCACCACCACAAUGCGCUGGUCGCUGGCACCACGCUUCGCCCUCGUGGCCAUCCUCCUCCCGCGCCUGGCCGGCGCCCAGGGCACCCCGGGCCGCCGGAUCGUGGCUCGCAAAGACGGCGACCUCAUCAUCGGCGCCCUCUUCUCGGUGCACCACCAACCCCCCGCCGACAAGGUGUCGGAGCGCAAGUGCGGCGAGAUCCGCGAGCAGUACGGCAUCCAGCGGGUGGAGGCGAUGUUCCACACCCUCGACCGAAUCAACGCCGACCCCGCGCUGUUGCCGGGCAUCACCCUGGGAUGCGAGAUCAGGGACUCGUGUUGGCACUCGAACGUGGCGCUCGAGCAGAGCAUCGAAUUCAUCAGGGACUCGCUCACGUCCGCCGGCGACGACCCCAAGGAUGCGGCGGCGGCAGCGGCGGCGGCGGCGGCCGCGGCCGUCGCCGCCGUCGCCCCCGGGGGUGUCGGCCGCUGCCAGGAGGCUCCCGUGCGCGCCAAGCGGCCGAUCGUGGGCCUCAUCGGGCCCGGCUCGAGCUCAGUGGCCAUCCAGGUGCAGAACCUCCUGCAGCUCUUCAAUAUACCGCAGAUCGCCUACUCGGCCACGAGCAUCGACCUGAGCGACAAGUCGCUCUUCAAAUACUUCAUGCGCGUCGUGCCCUCCGAUCAGUUGCAAGCGCAGGCCAUGCUUGACAUCGUGAAGAGGUACAACUGGACGUACGUCUCAGCGGUGCACACCGAAGGCAAUUACGGAGAGAGCGGCAUGGAGGCGUUCAGGGAGCUGGCGGCCGAGGCUGGCAUCUGCAUCGCUCACGCCGACAAGAUCUACAGCAACGCGGAGGAGGACAACUUCGAGCGCCUGGUGGCGAAGCUGCAGCUGAAGCUGCCCCACGCGCGAGUUGUGGUCUGCUUCUGCGAGGGGAUGACCGUGCGAGGCCUCCUCGCUGCGCUCAAGCGCCUCGGUCUCGGCGGGCACUUCACGCUGCUUGGCAGUGACGGCUGGGCUGACCGCAAGGAGGUGAUCGCGGGGUACGAGAAAGAGGCGGUGGGUGGCAUCACCAUCAAGCUGCGCUCGGCCGACGUGGCGUGGUUCGACGACUACUACCUGAAGCUGCAGCUGCGGAACAACGCGCGGAACCCCUGGUUCCCCGAGUUCUGGCAGCAUCGGUUCCAGUGCCGCCUCUGGGGUAGCCCGCAGGAGAACAGAGCUUACAAGCGCAACUGCACGGGCAACGAGAACCUGCAGACCAACUACGUGCAGGACAGCAAGAUGGGCUUCGUGAUCAACGCCAUAUACGCGAUGGCCCACGGCCUCCACCGCAUGCAGAGGUCACUCUGCGGUGGCCACCUGGGCCUGUGCGCGGCCAUGCGGCCCGUGGACGGCAGCGCCCUCCUCGACUUCCUCAUGCGCACACAGUUCCGCGGCGUCUCCGACGAGGACAUUCGCUUCGACGCGAACGGAGACGCGCCGGGCAGAUACGACAUCAUGCACCUGCAGAACCUGAGCCACGACGACUACGACUACAUCAACGUGGGCAGCUGGGAGAGCGGGGAGCUGCGCAUGGACGACCACAUGAUGUGGACCAACCACAGCAAACUCGUGCGCUCCGUGUGCAGCGAGCCAUGUGGCAUCGGCCACAUCCGAGUGAUUCGCAAGGGCGAGGUGAGCUGCUGCUGGGUGUGCACCCCCUGCAAGGACAACGAGUUCGUGCUCGACGACUUCACGUGCCAGGCCUGCAGGCUGGGCUGGUGGCCCAAUGCUCAGCUCGCUGGCUGCGACGCCAUCCCCGUGCAGUACUUGCAGUGGAGCGACCCGGAGGCCAUCGCCGCCGUGGUGUUCGCGUGCGCGGGCCUCCUGGCCACCGCCUUCGUCACCCUCAUCUUCGUGGCCUUCCGCGACACGCCCGUCGUCAAGUCGUCGAGCCGCGAGCUCUGCUACAUCAUCCUGGCGGGCGCGGGCCUCGGCUACGCGUGCACCUUCGCCCAGGUGGCGAGGCCCACGCAGGCCGGCUGCUACUUUCGGCGCAUCGCCGUGGGCCUCGCCUCGGCCAUGAUGUACUCGGCGCUCGUGACCAAGACGAACCGCAUCGCGCGCAUCCUCGCCGGGAGCAAGAAGAAGAUCUGCACGAAAAAGCCACGCUUCAUGACCACGUGCGCGCAGCUCGUGAUCGCCUUCAUGCUCAUCGGCGUCGAGGUGGCCAUCGUGGUGGCGCUCGUGCUCAUGGAGCCGCCCGAGGUGAUCCCCGACUAUCCGAGUCCGCGCGAGGUGCAGCUCAUCUGCCACACGUCCAACCUCGCGGUGGUGGCCCCGCUCGGGUUCAACGGGCUGCUCAUCAUGAGCUGCACCUACUACGCGUUCAAGACCCGCAACGUUCCGGAGAACUUCAACGAAGCCAAGUACAUCGCCUUCACCAUGUACACCACGUGCAUCGUGUGGAUGGCGUUCGCGCCCAUCUACUUUGGCAGCAAGUACAAGGUCAUCACCAUGUGCUUCUGCGUGAGCCUCAGCUCCACCGUGGCCCUCGGCUGCAUGUUCCUGCCCAAGGUGUACAUCAUCCUCGCUAAGCCGGAGCGCAACGUGCGGAGCGCGUUCACCACCUCCAACGUGGUGCGCAUGCACGUGCGUGACGCCAAGCUCACCAGCCGCUCCUCCAGCAUCCUGAGCCUCUUCAAGCGCAAGGGAUCAGCGGCCGAGCCCGCCUGCCCCAAGUCGAGCUCGUGGGGUCAGACCGGCCGCGCCGAAAAGAGCCCCGGCAUCUGGCACCGCCUCUCGGCGCACGUCAAGGGCGACGAGCGACGCGCCCACGGCGCCCACGCCGCCGGCGGCCCCGGCGGCGGCCCCGGCGGCGGCUCCGGCUCCGGCGGCGGCGGCGGUGGAUGCGCCGCGACCGCCGGCGGUUCGGGAUCCGCCGGCGCCGGCGGGAAUCAGAUGGCGGUGAUCAAGCCCUUCGCCAAAUCGGCCGGGGAGCUGGCGGCGGCGCGGGGCUUCUCGGAGCUUAGCGCCAAGCACCUGUACGACGUCACGGAGGCCGCCGAGGUGUGUGGGUCGUGCGGCGCGCAGGCCUCGCCGGGCCCGCCGGGCACGCCGGGCACGCCGCCGCGCGUCCGAACGCGGCACGGCACGCCGCGGCACGUGGCCACGCGGCAGCCGAGGCCGCGGGGCGAACCCCAGCACCACGGGCCCCACGGCCACCACGGCGUGCCGCGGGCAAAGGGCAACCGACUCAUACAUUCCAUGUGGCCACAAUUCAUCUCGCAUACAUCAACAACAACCGCAAAAGCAGCAGCACCAUGGACAGCGACAGCACCACCAGCGGCAGCGGAAAACUGCACGAACUGCGUCACCGAACGGACAAAAAAAAACGAUUUUCGCAACAACAACAAAAAAACCCUUAAACAUUUAGUAACCCCCCCCCCCCCAAAAAAAAUUAAUAAACGCGAAACGAAAACACAAAAAAACCCGAUAAUAGGCGACGCAAAAAAAUUCCGAUGCAAGUUGGAGCACGGAGCCCGGUCAAAAUCUAACGCCCUAACCCAUCCCCCCGCGUGGCGUGCCCCCCUUCUCUGCCCGCUGUGCGUCCAGGCAGAGGACGAGUCCGGCGCGCCGCGUUUCCCCGCGCCCUGCCGCGGCUCGCCCGUCUCGCUGCUCGGCCGGUGCCGUCGCUCCAUCGCCGCGGUCGCCGCGGGCGCGGCCCCCGAGCGCUCCUCGCGCCCCGGUCGGAACCCCGCAUCCACCACCACCACCACCACCUCCACCUCCUCCACCGCCGUCACCGUCGUCGCCGCGGCCGCCGGGCCGAGCCGCCCGGGUCGCGAUCAACGACGUGGAGGAGGUGGAGGAGGUGGAGGUGCUGGUGGUUGCCGCAGCCGGAACAACAACAACAACGAUGGCGAUGAUGACGAUCGUGAUUACUGCUCGCGGGGCACGUGCGUCGUUGACGACGGCGAUGAUCGCGGCGACGACGACGACUACGACGAGGAGGACGACGACGAAGACGAGGAUGAAGACGACGACGACGACGACGGGGAGGAGGGCACGGGGCUGUACGUGUGCGAGCGGCCGCGCAAAAGCAGCUCGUCGCAGGGCUCCCUCACCGAGCAGAUCAACAGCGUCGUCAGCCGCUUCGCCUCCAACAUCCACGAGCUGAACGCGCUCCUCUCGUCGCCGGGCGCCUUCGCUCGCCGCCCGUCCUCGGGCGCGCCGGACGACCCCCCCGCCGUGCUGUCGGCCCGCGACCUCGCGCUGAUGGCGGCGGCCGCGGGAGGCCCCUGCGUGCCGCUGCCCGCGCCGCGUGACCUCUCCCCGGCGCCGGGCACGGCGGAGAUGUCGGCCCCGCGCGCCGCCUCCCCUCGCGGCGCGCCGCCUCCCUGCUGCCUCGGCAAGCGCUCGCUGGCCGCGUCCGACGAUUCGGUGCUUCCCCGGCCGCAGCAGCUGCAGCAGCAGCAGCAGCAGCUUGGUGGUUGUGGCGCGCCCGCUGCGGCGGGCCAGUCCCUGCCGCUGCUGGAGGAGGCGGUGCCGCGCUCCGGGCGACUGCGGUCGCUGGCGCUCGCGGAUGAGGAGCCGUCCUCGCCGUGUCUCCUGCCCGGCGCCCUGCAUCGACAGUACGGCUCGCAGGCCUACGGCUCGCCACUGCCGCACCACCAGCUGCAACAGCAGCAACAGCAGCAUCAGCAGAAGCUUCAGCAGCAGCAGCAGCUGAAGCAGCAGCAGCAUCAACAGCAGCUGCACUGUGGUGGUGGUGGUGGUGUUGGUGGCGGUGGUCGACCACUGUGGUUGAUGGACAGUCUUCCACUCACGGCCACUGCUUCGACCAUGAUGAUGCAUCAUCCGCAGCCGCAGCAGCAGCAGCAGCAGCACCAUCAGCAACAGCAGCAGAUGGAGAUCAUUGAAAUGGGCGCCCGCAACAAGAGGCAGCAGCAGCAUCAUCCUCAGCAACAACAACAGCAGCUGAUGAUGAUGCAUCAACAACAGCAGCACUUCUCUCCGCGCUGCCGCUACGCAGAGCCGACGUGCCCCGUGCCCCCGUGCUGCGUGGCGGCCGGGGUCAUGGGCGAGGUGAUCGAGGUGGACGUGGAGAGACACCGCAGGGAGAGGAGGCAGAGUCGGGAGAGCAGGGGCAGCAUGGGCAGCAUGGGCAGCAGGGAAGGGGCAGCGGCGGCGGGGGCGGCCGGAGCGGGCGGCUUCUACGACGAGCGCUCCUUCACCAUCACCCCGCCGUCGCCGUUCCGGGAUUCGAACUGCUCCGGCGGGAGUUCGGGCUCCGUGUCGUCCACCUCGGAGUGCCUCUCGUACUUCCCAGCGCCGCCCAGCUACGCCGCGCUGCUGCUCAAGGAUUACACGCAGAGCUCCUCCUCGCUCUGAGUCCCCCCCCGCCGCCACCACCACCACCGACGACGACGACGAGGGCGGCGAUGAUGACGAUGACGCUGAGUUCCGCUCCCGCGCGAGACCGCCUCUGCGCGCGCGAGUCCGUCGCGUCGCCCGGCACGCGGUGGAGGGGGGGGGGGGGGUCCGUGGUUGUGGUGCGGUUGGCGUGCGGACCCCCGGUGCAAGGUGGGGGGGGGGGAGGGGCGGUAGGGUUGGUGGGGGUGAGUAAGAUGGAGGCUCGCUAUCUCUGUCUCUCUCGCUCGCUCACUCUCUCACUCUCUCUCACUCUUGUUCGCUCUCUUUUCCUCGGUACAAGUCCGCACCCCGCUCUCCCCACGCGGACCUCUCACCAACUUCAUCUUCGCACUUCGCAUUCCGUCGCUCAUCCCCCCCCCCUCCCCACCAGCACCACCCCCCCCCCCCCCCCACCUCGUAGUCGCGGUGCCCUUCGCACGGCCAGCGCACUCCGCGGCUGCUGCGCCACCGCUGCUGCCCGCGGGGGCGGGGCGAGGGAAAGGGGGUGGAGUUGAGGUGACGCGGGGUGCGCGGGCGACGCCACCCAGCGAGGACGGCAGCUCCACGGCGGAGUCGCUCUCGUGGGGGCGGCUUGCGGCCGAGCGAUCGCCGCCUUACGGCUAAGCCCGGCUUGCCGAUGCAACGGCGCGAACGACGCUCAAGGCGCGCAGGCUCAGUCGAGCCGGCUGCUGUCGGUUUAGAACAAAGGCCCACGAGGCGUUUGUCAUUGACAAACGCCGCGUGGGCCUCGAAGGCGAAAUGGUAACGCCCGAGGUGACGUUUCGGGCGACGAGCCAUCCUCGCAGCGCACGGGGGUCGUUAAAAAGGGCGAAUCGCCCGGAACGUUGCACGCGUGUAUGUUGGACUUCUUUCGCGCCGUACGUGGUAGCCAACCGCGCUAAUCGGAGGUGCGGGCGGAAGAAGAAGAAGAAGCGGAACGCACGAAAAGCACUUCGAAUGAAAUACGUUUUCAAAAACGUUGCCCGUUCAUUUAUUUAUUUAUUCGUAAGGCAACACGCGCACGCGCGGUGUACGUGAUGAAUGUGUUGUUGUGGUUGUUGUUGCUGUUGUUGGCUUUGCUUGCGCACCACUGCCAACGCGGCAGCGGCUGCAUGGCCAAGUAAUGAAUCUCACACUCAGACUAUAUUAGUGGUGCUGGUGGCGGAGGUGAUUUCGUUUUUUUUUGUAAAGCGGACUUCUCAAAGAGACGGAAGCCGAUGGAGUUGGGGAUGGGGGUGUUUCAUGAGAAGGGAAGAGAGACGUCUACAAAGAAGUGAAUUAUGUUGAUUUGAAGACGCGUGCGUUGAUGGUCACGAUGGUAAUGCUGCGUUUCGUUAUCAGCAGCGCACGGACGAUCCCAUCACGGGUUCACACACACACGGUGGGGGGGGGGGGUCGACAGUACUGCUCCCGGCUGCCUUUAUCUCCCCAGUGACGAUGCUUAGACACCGCACCAGGUACUCAUUUCAAACCGAGUCGACCUAGUGGAGCCCCAGGACCGGUUCAUGUAAUCGUCACUUGGCGUUGGCCGUGAGCAAGAAUCCAACUCGGAUCUCCGGGUCCGUAGGGCAGCGCUCUAACCCAACACGCCACUGCUCCACACACACGCACGCACUCACGCACGUGCACACAACAGGUACACAAUGACAAAGACCCCCCGUAUAGCCUGCAACAGACUGAUUUGGGCAAGUGACCAACUCAGAGCCGGCACCACGUGUUCAGCUGCCACCACGUGUUCAGCUGCCCAGUGCAGUCACCAAUUCAACAACAACAACACCAACAACAACAAACAUUGUGGGCACCGUCGCAUUGAGAAACAGCUACAACGGUUGUGGCACCCCGGGAGGGAAUGAGGGAGGUCAGGGAGAGGAGGAGGUGGUUCGGGAGAGGAGGAGGUAAGGACGAUGAGGUGGUGGAGUUGCUGGGGGUUGUUAGGAGGUGAACGAUGUGGAGGUUAAGAAGAGGAGGUCAAGGAGGAGAAGGUGGAGGUUAGGAGGAGGUGGAGUAGGUGGUCGAGGUUCGGACGAGGAGUUGGAGGAUGUUAGGAAGAGGAGGUGAUGGAGGAGGUGGAGGUUUGGAAGAGGAGCUGGAGGUGGUGUUAGGAGGAGGUUUGAUGGCAAGAGACAGAUUGAGUUGACAGCUGGCGCCACAGUCGUAUAAAUAUAUUAUUGCUUUAACCUUCCGUCGUUGACGAAAGUCUCUAUCCACUUCUCUAUUAGUCUUCAUAUAUAAUUUUUCUCCUUCUUCUUCCCCUCGGUAGACCUUGUCGGAGAACAGUGCUCGCGGUCGUCAUCGUCGUCGUGGUGGUGAUCAGUGCGGGACUCGGAGUGCGACUCAACAUGAGUGGGUGGUGUGCAGUCGUAGCGGUUGUCGUAGUGCUAGUCGUAGUCGCAGCAGCAGCAGCCCUUAGCGGCGUCGUGCGGAUGGUUAGUGGUGCAUGCGCUAUCGUGUCCCGUUGUGACCGCGUGCCUCUCUCUUCUGACGCUCUCACACCUGCAGCGGCCGGGCUCACUCCGUCCCGUGAGUCGGAGCCCCCCCGGGGGCCACCGUCGUGCAGUGUUUGUCGCAGUUGUGCUGUACCGUUCUAUGGCUCUCGGUGCGGGGGUGCGCGCGCGCCGCGCAUGGCCGGCGCUUUGGGCUCUUGAGGACGCUUCCGGCGCGUGACGCGUCAACGUCGGAACACUGGGCCGAGGACUCGGGUCACGUUGUGUUCAACAGCCAGGUUACAACAGCACACUCACUCACCUACACACUCACUCAUUCACUCGGCCACAUAUCCACUCACUUAUCUACUCACCCACUCACACACUCACCCACCCACGCACUCAUCUACGCACUCAUGCAUCCA